AUGUCGAUCGAGGCUACGUACAGCGUUGGUGUAGCGGAAAACAAGAAUUCAAAGUUUCGACGGUCGAUGGAGGAUGUGCACACGUACGUGAAGAAUUUCGCAUCGCGGCUUGACUGGGGGUAUUUCGCCGUUUUCGAUGGACAUGCAGGUAUACAGGCUUCGAAGUGGUGUGGGUCGCACCUGCACACUGUGGUGGAGAAGACGCUGCUGGAGGAUGAGACUCGCGACGUAAGAGAUGUGCUGAAUGACUCGUUUGUCCUCAUAGAUAAGGAGAUCAACUCUCAGUUGCAGGGGAGCAGUGGUUGCACCGCGGCCGUGUGUGUUCUUCGCUGGGAACUCCCGGAUGAUAUACCGGCAGACCAGGUGGAGUUGGGUCAGCACAAAAGGAAACUGUACACGGGGAAUGUCGGCGACUCACGAAUAGUAUUAUUCCGCAACGGGAACAGUAUACGGCUGACGUACGACCACAAGGCGUCCGACAUUCUUGAGAUGCAAAGGGUCGAAAAGGCCGGCGGGCUUAUAAUGAAGAGCCGAGUGAAUGGGAUGCUGGCCGUAACAAGGUCACUCGGGGACAAGUUUUUCGACAGCCUCGUCAUUGGGAACCCAUUCACGACGAGCGUAGAGAUAACCAAUGAGGAUGCAUUUUUGAUACUCGCAUGCGACGGACUCUGGGAUGUCAUAGACGACCAGGAGGCCUGUGAGCUGAUCAAGGAUUAUACGGACCCGAACGAAGCAGCGAAGAAUCUUGUGCGGUGCGCACUAGAGCGAGGGACAACAGAUAACGUCACCGUCAUGGUUGUUUUCCUUUGA